AUGGUCCCCGGAUUGGCAAAAAUGGAAUGCAACCGGAAUCCGGUUUGUUUGGCACAAGCCCAUUGCCAAACAAUUGUUUGUUUGACAACGGCUUUCACGCUCAUCCAAAUACAACCCUCUUCUCUCCCACCACCACUAACCUCUCCUCCCACCACCACCAACGUCCCCGCUCCUCGUAAACGCGUGCCCGCUACCCACCCACGCCACGUCACCACGGUCAGCUGUGGCCACCACCGCCCACAAACGUCGUCGACCGCCAACAACGACCACAUCAACAACGCGGCAACGCCACGUCAGCAAGCAGACGAGCCCCGGCGAGGUCGAGGGGACGAAAACGGACCACGAGGGACGACCACGACGACCAUGACCAUGCCCACGAACCACGACACGCCCCACGACGUCAACGGACGCCCACGUCAAAUGCCAACGGACGCCCACGUCAAUGGACCACGACCACGUCAAUGGACCACGACCACGUCAAUGGACCACGACCACGCCAGCGGACGACCACGUCAACGCACCACCACCUCAACGGACGACGACCACGCCAGCGGACGACCACGUCAACGCACCACCACCACGUCAAUGGACGAUGACCACGCCAACGGACACCCACGUCAAUGCACGACGACGUGCCCCCGCCGAUGGGAAACCAAGGUGCCACGUUGCUGUCAGCGAUGUGGCAACCAAACGACGAACGACGACGACAACGUCGUCGUUCGUCGUUCACACAAAGAGCAUGUGGGGGAGGGUAAAGUACUGCUAUUUAUGGUGGAUUGUGGUCUUAUUCAACUGGAAUCCACUGGAAUCCACUGGAUUCCACAGGACUCCGCUGGAUUCCACUGGAUUCCAGUCCCAUUCCUGCGGAUUCCGCCGGAGUCCGGUCCCAUUCCACCGGAAUCCGCAGGAAUGACCGGAGUCCGACAGGAAUAG